AUGGAUAGAGAUGAAUCUCUACUACAUUUUAUGUCUACUGUGUGUUUCAAUAUACCUGAAAAAAAGAAACAGGAAAUAAGUCAAAUAUGGUUAUUUGGAUUAAAAAAUGCAUUUUUUGAUGUAACAAAAUAUAUUAUUGAUGACAAUCGUAUAUUACUUUUAUUACAAGACCGAUCACAAGUAUUUGAAAUAAAACAUUUUCGUAUCCAACAGGACAGACGUAAAGAAGCGAAAUUUGAUGAUCAACCGUAUUGUGGAAAAGUUACUAAAGUACGUGGGUGUAUGAUUGAUUAUACGGUAUUUGUAGAAAUUCCACAGCUAGCGGAAGAAAAAUGA